AUGCGGGCAUGGCGAUUCACCGCCCCGGGGCCGCUAGACAAGUCUUUCAAGCUUCUCGAGGACAUCCCCACCCCAGCAACGAGCUUGAAAAGCGGCGAAAUCUUGAUCAAGGUGGCCUGGGCCUCAAUCAAUCCGGCAGACUACAAAAUCCCCGAGAUGGGACUGGUUGCGAGAGCUAUGAUGUCGUUCCCAACGACGGCUGGCAUGGACUUAAGCGGUCACGUCCACAGCGCGGCAGCAGACGUCAGCGAUAUCGAUGUGGGUGACGCCGUCUUUGCACGGGUUGACCCCUUUCGACGGGAAGGCUCUAUUUCCGAGUAUGUCGUUGUGCCUCGCGACGGCUAUGCGAAGCUGCCCGCUGGGUGUGCCCUUGAUAAGGCGGCAGGUGCUCCAACAGUCGCCUUGACAGCAUAUCAAUGCAUCGCCCCAUACGUCAAGGCUGGUGAUCAGGUCUUCAUUAAUGGUGGCUCUGGUGGUACAGGCACAUUUGGCAUUCAGAUUGCCAAGGUCCUAGGCUGUCGCGUCAUCACCAGCUGCUCAACGGGCAAGAUUGAUCUCUGCCAGAGGCUGGGGGCCGAUGAGAUCAUUGAUUACAAGAAAGACAACGUUGUCCAGAAACUCAGAGAGAAGGGCCCGAUCCUGAGUCUUGUGGUCGACAACGUUGGCGACAAUCCAGCUGAUCUAUACACUUCAUCCGGCGAAUUCCUGCGUCCUGAGGGGACAUACACCCUAAUUGCGGGAAACGCAUCCAACAUUUUCAAAGGCAUGAUGUUGCCUCGAUUCCUUGGAGGAGGAAAUCGAAAAUUUGUAUUUGUUCUGACGAAGAACAACCACGAAACGCUUUCCCAGAUUGCGGAUUGGAUGGGCAAAGGGGACUUGGAAACAGUUGUUGAUUCCAAGUUUAAGUUUGAAGAAGGCCUCGAUGCUUUCAAACGGCUGAAGGAAGGUUCAUGUGCUGGAAAAGUCGUGAUUUGCGUGGCAGAUGAUUGA